ACCGUUAAUCACCGACAUGAUGUCAAGGGGACGUUAAGUUGCAACGUAAGGACUGAUACCAGCCCCUAUAUAAACGUAAGAAGCCAAACAAAAGGAUGAUUUGUUACAAUAAACUCAAAAUGAACGCAGGUGCUGUUGGAUUUUAUUUUUUUCUUUUCAUUGCUAUCUCCAAGGGUUACGACCAUGAAACAAAACUAAGAUUUUAUCAUGAUUCUUUUGACAAAUACACGGAACUACCUUUAAAUGAAACCGACAAAAUAUUUCAUACGUCGUGGUACAAAGCCAGCCGCACCACGGUGAUCUUUUGUCAUGGAUUCACAGGUAAUGCCACUGGUCCUGCAGUGACCGCAAUUAUAACUGCUUACCUCGAACAAGGAGAGAGUAACGUAGCGCUGCUGGAUUGGACGUACUUGGCGUCCUCACCAACUCCGGGCAUCGUGAGCUCGUAUGCAACCUGGGCCGCUCCCAAUGCAAGAAAGCUUGGCGCUCGCCUAGUAGAUACUUUUUCUCUUUUGUCGGAUGCUGGUCUGGAUCUUAGUAAGACACAUCUCAUCGGCCACUCGCUAGGAGCUCAUGUUUGGGGCAUUGCUGGCUUUCGGUUGCAGCAGAGGGGGAUACAGCUUCCAUGGAUCACGGGUGUUGAUCCUGCAUCUGCAGGAUUUGAGAAUAAGCCUCCUGGUCACAGGCUCAGUCCGGCCUCGGCUCAAUAUGUGGACGUAAUUCACACGGAUCCCAACAGAUAUGGCUUCAGAAGUUCGUCUGGCACAGUGGAUUUCUGGGCGAACUACAGGGUUGGACCUGUUAGACAACCUGGCUGUAGUAAUCAACCGGCCCAAAUAUUGUCUAUGGAAGAUUUAUGCAGCCAUAACAGAAGUUGGAAAUUAUUAGUGGACUCUAUCAAAUACCCCGGCACUAUAAUUGGUUCGUACGCGAGAAACUUUAAAGUGUGGAAAAACUAUUCAAAGGAAGAAAGGGUUGCUGUUACUUCACCUUUAGGAGAAUACAAUAUACAUGCACGUCCCGGAAACUACUACUUCGUGACCAACUCAGAAUCUCCUUACGGUCUUAAAGAAAAUGGACUUUAACGAUUAUUACGAUUAGCUUAAAGUUUAAAGUAUCUAAUUUACAAAGACUGUAUUAUUUAGUUGUAUGAUUUAAUUUAUUUUAUGUUUAUUUAUAAGUAAUUAUGUUGAUUUUCACGAUUGUCUCUCGGCCUUACCAAAAAAAACUUAAACAAGCGUCGAACGCGUGCUUAUUUUAAACCUGAUUUCCCAUACAAAAACUUUGAACACGUUAAUUUAGUUAUCAGUUGUACUUUUUUGUAACUAAUUACCAUUGUUUUAGACACAAUAUGAAACAUUGCACAAUGUAUCAUUGUGUAACCUGCAACACAGAUACUCCUGUAGAAUCAUCGUUCACAUAUUUAGUUACUAAGUACGUAAGCUUUGUUUAUUAAAUAAAAAGUUUGU